AGUGCUGGGAAAUGCGGAAAAUCGUGGUGCGGAUAUCUUGAUUUAUGAUUUAGUUUGACAUUACGCUGUCCACAUUGUGUGAUUAUAUACGAAGACGGUCGGCAUCCACAUGAAUUCUUAUUUCACUCCUUGGGAAUAAUAAGCAACUAUUCGUCGCCUUUUAACGGAAAAUUAGCUAGAUUUGAUAUCAAAAUAGGCCAACAGCGAAAAUUACUCCAGAGGCGGCAAGCUUUUGUGUCAUUAUAAACACCGUGUCAUAAGAUGGUCUUGCUGAAAAGUUCACCCCCUCCAAGUGAGGGUGUCAGACAUGAACAAGCCGACACUACUGCUGUUUUGGACGGUAAACGACUCGGACAAGGGACCCUCUACGUUGCCGAAACACGCUUGUCUUGGUUUGAUGGAUCUGGAAUGGGUUUUUCGUUGGAAUAUACGUCUAUCGGUCUCCACGCAAUCUCUCGGGACCUGAGUGCGUACCCACAGGAACAUUUGUACGUGAUGGUCAACGCCAAACUCAGCGAUGAGAACGAGGCAGAGAUGCACGAAAAGGGGGAAGGUGAUGAUGAUGAUAGCAGUGAUGAAGAGGACUCCGAGGCAAUCACCGAGAUCCGAUUUGUGCCCAGUGAUAAGUCAGCAUUGGAGCCCAUGUUCUCUGCUAUGUGUGAGUGUCAGGCUCUUCAUCCUGACCCAGAGGACGCAGACUCAGACGAUGACUUUGAGGGAGAGGAGUAUGACGUAGAGGAGGCAGAGCAAGGCCAAGGAGAUGUGCCUUCGUUCUAUACUUGUGAGGAGGGUUUGGCACAGCUGACAGCUGAGGGCCAAGCCACACUGGACAGACUGGAGGGAAUGCUGGCCCAGUCUGUCUCCCAGCAGUUCCACAUGGCAGGAGUCCGCACGGAGGACGGCUCAGCACAGUUUGAGGAUGGAAUGGAGGUGGACACAGAUUCUCCAGUGGCUGGGCAAUUUGAGGAUGCUGAUGUUGAUCACUGAUGGAGAUGAGUGUUGAUAAUGGAGGCACUUCAGUGGGCUUUACCACAGUAAACACACUUUCCAGGCCCUCAUUCCUCUCCUGGGCCAGAGUGGACAUCUUUCUCUCUCUCUCUCUCUCUCUCUCUCUCUCUCUCUCUCUCUCCUCUCCUUUGUCAGUUUUUGUAAUCUUCUUAGACCUAACUUCACUGAUAAUCUGAAUGGUAUU